AUGGUUCUCGAUGGUGUUGCUGACGCCGAAGACCACUAUGGUGUCGAACGACGGGGAACAAGUCUUAUCGACACGGACAAAGUUUUUGACGCAUUUUUAACAGGCUGUGCUGGUGCCGGCCCAGAGAACUGUCAAUUUUGGGCCCCUACUGCAGACGAUAUACGCCAAAAUCUCACUGUUAUCAUGAAGCAUAUUCGUUCUCAUCCUAUGCCCAUUAAGGCAGACUCGGCGUAUGGAAUACUUGACUACAAAAAACUGAGGCGGACGAUAUUUUCAACUUUAUUUAGCCCAUAUACCUACUUUUCCGCUUUGGCCAAGGCGCUCUCCGAACUUGCGGCAGGAAAUGGGACAGCUAUCUAUACGUUGGUCCCUAGCCGGAAGACACCUGAGUGCCACUGCGACAGCCAAUCAAGGACCCCUAAAAACGACAUUAUUGCGGAUGCCCCCACUACCAUUAUAUGUAAUGACGGCGAGGAGAUUCAAGAAGAUAUCGACGCUCUGGAAGCCCAUUUACAACUGACAAUGAAGGCUUCACAAUGGGGUGAUUUUUGGGCUUCGAUUAGAUUUGGGUGUUUAGGAUGGCCUAAGUUUCCCACAACGCAAUUCCGAGGGCCAUUCGAGGGUAAAACGAGUCACCCAAUUCUGAUGAUUGGAAAUACAGCAGAUCCCGUCACUCCCUUAUCGUCCGCACGAAAGAUGGCCCAGGGUUUUGAAGGAUCCGUUGUACUUCAACAAAACUCACUGGGCCAUUGCUCAUUGGCAGCGCCGUCUCCUUGUACCUAUCGACAUGUGCGGAACUAUUUUGUCGACGGGAUACUCCCCCCUGAAGGAACCGUUUGUGAGCCAGAUGUGGAACUGUUUCCUGUUGCGGAUUCUCUGCAAGGUCACAUCAGUACUGAGGCUCAGCAGUACUUGGAUUCUCAGCCUACACAUUUACAAGGCCGUGAGUUCGUCCAGGCAGUUGUUGGCCUUAGCAAAUUGGAUAUCGCGACUGUCUUCUUUUGA